AUGCGUCUCUUGCAGUACAGCGAAAGCGGAGAGCUUAGCAUCCACAGCUUUGACGAUGGCGAUGUACCCCCCUACGCGAUACUUUCACACACCUGGGGAGCAGAUGAGGACGAGGUGACCUUUGCAGACCUCCAAACAGGGAAUGGCAAGACCAAGCUAGGCUACGAGAAGAUUCUCUUCUGCGGAAAACAGGCGCGGCGCGACAACCUCCAGUACUUCUGGGUCGACACGUGCUGCAUCGACAAGGCUAACAAGGCUGAACUCGCCUUCUCGAUCAGAUCGAUGUUUCGCUGGUACCGCAAUGCAGCUCGGUGUUAUGUAUAUCUAUCGGAUGUCUCUGAUCAACCUCUACCAGUGACCUCAGGCGACCACGGUUUACGAUGGCUUUUUUGGAUCUGGAUGCUCUCUAUUCUCUACACUAUGUCAAGAUGGUACAGCAGCACGAUGCAGCGCUACUUCUAUUCGCGCCAUGUUCCAUGCACUCCGGUUGGUAGCGAUCUUGUGCGCAGCGAGCAGACGCCUGAAUUUAUUCUCAAAAAAACCAGAUGGUUUACCCGUGGGUGGACACUACAAGAGCUUCUUGCACCAUCCACGGUAGAGUUCUUCUCCAAGGAAGGGACUAAACUUGGUGAUAAGUUGUCGUUGGCAAAAGAAGUGCGUGAAGUCACAGGCAUCCCUAGUUCAGCGCUGCAGGGCGAACCGUUGUCUAACUUUAAUGUUCAUGAACGCGUUACGUGGAUUGAGCAUCGCGCUACAAAGAUUCCAGCAGAUCGCGCGUAUUCCCUGAUGGGUAUUCUCGGCGUUAGCUUGUCCCCGAUUGAUGGCGAGAAUCUAGCUGAAGCAAUGAAACGGGUUCUGGAUGAGGUUGACAAGCAGAACAAGUGCCUCCAAGACUUGUGUCCUAGCAAUCCGCGCGAUGACAAGAAGCGGAUCGAGGAGACUAAAGGCGGGCUGCUUGCGGGCGCUUACCGUUGGGUUCUUGGCAACAAUACCUUCCAGCAGUGGCAGCAAGACCUGGAGAGCCGACUAUUGUGGGUGAAAGGUGAUCCUGGCAAAGGCAAGACGAUGCUGCUAUGCGGCAUCAUCGACGAACUGCAAAACUUGACGACAAAAUCUACCCUUUUUUCAUACUUUUUCUGUCAGGCGACUGACUCGCGCAUUAAUAGUGCCUCGGCUGUGCUGCGGGGCUUGUUAUAUAUGCUCGUGGACCAGCAACCAUCACUUGCAGUUCAUGUUCGCAAGAAGCACGAUCGCGCAGGCGGAAGAUUGUUCAAUGACGCUAAUGCCUGGGUCGCCUUAACAGAGAUCUUUGCCGCCGUGCUGCGAGACAAGGGCUUGAGCACGACGUACCUGAUCAUCGAUGCGCUCGAUGAAUGCAUGACUGAUCGGCUGAAUCUACUCAGCUUUAUCGCAGAGGAGUCGUCUGCAUCCUCUCGCGUCAAGUGGAUCGUGUCUAGUCGUAACUGGCCAGCCAUCGAGGAACAGCUGGAGCGUGCAGAGCACAAAACGCGGCUGAGCCUUGAGCUGAACGCCGAGUCAGUGGCAGCAGCGGUCAAGCUCUUCGUCCAGCAGAAGGUGCAUCAGCUAGCGCAAGAGAAGCGCUACACGCCAGAGGUGCAAGACGCGGUGCUCCAGCACUUGACAUCGAACGCGAACGACACCUUCCUCUGGGUUGCGUUAGUGUGCCAAGACCUCAAAGUGACGCCAAAGUGGAGCGUGCUUAAGAAGUUAGCCCAGUUCCCGCCUGGGCUCGACCCCCUGUACAAGCGGAUGCUACAGCAGAUAUGCGAGUCCGACAGCGCCGAGAUCUGUCUGCGGGUGUUAGCAGUGACUGCUGUACUGUACCGACCCGUCACAGUCGCUGAGCUAGUCGUGAUCACUGAGCAGCUUGCGGACUUUGUUGAUGAUCUAGAGUCUGUGCGGGAGAUUAUCGGUCUCUGUGGAUCGUUCCUCACGCUACGCGACGACACAGUCUACUUUGUGCAUCAGUCAGCUAAAGACUUCCUCGUCACGAAAGCGUCGAACGAGGUCUUUCUAGACGGCACAGGGCCUAUACAUCAAGACAUUUUUACAAAGUCACUUACUAUUCUGCACAAGACACUGCAUAGAGAUAUAUAA